AUGAACGCAAGGGAAAAUGUGAAUGCUAGUUUGGCAGCCUGCGAGGAAACCAUCCAGUUUUUACAUGAACAAAGAAAUGAGUAUCGAAAUAGGUUUGCCAGUUUGAUAGACUUCUGUAAUGGCAUGGCUAAGAAUGUGCCUUUGAUGCUAAGAUGUGCUCUGGAAGACAUAGACAAUGACAACAUCCCUCUUUCAGUGACCAAAUUUAUUUAUCUUUGUGAAGACAUGAUGAAAAGAAGGGAAGAAGAGGCUCGUGUUGCCGCUGCUGCAUCGAAUGAUGCUCUAGUUCAAGGGGUUGCUCUUCAGUCAGGACCUUCAGUUCCUAUUCCAAAUCUCGUUAUCUACGGUCUUCCUCGAGGUUUUGUUCCACCUCCUAAAAGAACUCAUGUUCCUCCGCAUGCGCAUACUUCUGAAGUAGCUGAUGGAGUCGUUGCGCAAGGACCUCCGAUAGUCAAUCAAGUGGUCAUUCCCCGCACUGAUGAGGAGCUCCAGGACGAGUUUGAAAUGCAGAAUUACAAUGGAGCUACUCCAAUGGUCAUCCCUACUGCUGCCCAAGAUUCUGAGGCUAUCUUGAUGUGUCAUGCUCUGGCCGAAAAGCUAAGAAUCUUGGAAGGACAUAACUCAACCCGAUUGAGUGCCUUGGAGAUGUGUCUGGUCCCAGACGUGGUGAUUCCUCCAAAAUUCAAAGCGCUGGAAUUUGAAAAAUACAAAGGCCUCACAUGUCCUAACAUACACUUGAAAAUGUAUUGCAGAAAAAUGGUUGCCUAUGCCAGAGAUGAUAACCUGAUGAUCCAUUGCUUUCAGGACAGUCUAACUAGGGCAUCUUUGGAUUGGUACAUGCAGUUGGAGUGUAGCAACAUCCACACUUGGGAUGAGUUGGCUGAAGCAUUCGCAAAGCAAUACUAA